UAUGAACAGUAGAGCUGAUCACGGGAAAUUGACGGAGUCCUAACGCGCGGUACCACGCCUUUAGCUUCCAACCACAUCAAUGUCUUCAGAGACCAGCCCACCACCUGACCCUGAGGCUCUUGCAGCAGCAGCUCAGCGCCGCAAUGUCACGACAGAACAAGUAAUUUCUGGUUCUGAACUCCUUCGACAGCGCGAGCAGCGGCAGAUGUUUCGACGUCUGAUAGACCCUGGUAUAUCUCGGCCUAACCCCCAAGAGGCGGCGAUGGCUUCAUUGAAGAUAUUAUCGAAGAUAGCUGAGAACCUAAUACGAGAGCCUGAAAACCCCAAGUUCCGGCAGUUCAAAUCGACAAAUGAUACGAUCAGACGUCGCUUGAUUGAAACUAAGGGUGCGCUAGAGUAUGCGAUCGAGAUGGGAUUUCGUCCGGAGGUAAAGGAGUUUCAGCCCCUCUACGUCUGGAAUGAGCGCAAAAGCGAAGAAUUGCGCAUUGGCGCCCAGAUAUUACAAGAGACCAUAGAGCUGGCUGAACAAAAAUCAGCCAGGUCUCAAAGAAACGCGGCUGAAGCCAAGGGUGCUGCUGAGGCUGUCACACGAAACGUUUUAUUGGCUUUCAUGGAUGACCGCAAAACCAAGAUGCUUCGUGACCAACGUGAUCGCCAUAAUCGCGAAGUCCAAGCCCGUCUAUCUCCGAGUGUAGAUGGCGAAAGAACUACAUCUCCUUCCCUGCCGCCCUCCAAUGCAGAAAUGCCAGGGAGUGGUCAUACCUUAUCAUCACCUGACCCUGUAGUAGACGAACCUCCCCCGUACCGCGACUGAUAGUUUUCAACCCCUGAUGACCUAACAUGCUCACAUUUUCGCAGACCAACGGUCAAGAUUAUUGUACGAAUCAAUUAA